CUCGCCUCGCUUCCGCUACUCACCCUCCAUCCAUCAUGUCCAGGCAGGACAAGGCUAUCACAGAGAGACAUACAAGGACACUCAGAGAACUUGUCAAGCGUCCCGAAAACAAGGUUUGCUCUGACUGCAAACACAACGAUCCCAGAUGGGCUUCAUGGAAUCUUGGCGUGUUCCUAUGCAUUCGAUGCUCUGGUAUCCAUCGCGGUAUGGGCACGCAUAUCAGCAAGGUGAAGUCUAUUGACCUUGACACCUGGACGCCUGAGCAAAUGGAGUCAAUCAUGAAAUGGGGCAACCAGCGGGCUAAUCUUUACUGGGAGGCUCAUCUGAAGUCAGGCCACAUUCCUCCGGACCACAAAAUGGAGUCUUUCAUUCGAUCCAAAUACGAGUCCCGCCGUUGGGCCAUGGACGGUCCCCCACCCACGGACCCCUCUGUUCUCGAGUCAGGCGCCGGUGUUUCUUCUUCUCCAGCACCAGCCGCCCUGUCUUCCUCGUCCUCAACGAGUCCAUCGUCUCGACUUCCCUCGCAAACUCUUUCUGCCCCACGUCCCGCCUCGCCACUCACGACAGCCCAUCGAGCUGGAACCGGCUUCACCUCCCGUCAACCCCAACCACAUCAGCUCUUAUCCGCUCAGCAUACCCGUAAUCAGAGCGCUGCGAGAGCUGCUCAACCUCCUUCAGCACUAGCCCAGCCUGCUCCUCAACCUGUAGCUCCCGCGGCGCAGAAGGCCCCCGAGAACGAUCUAUUCUCCCUCGACUUCCACGCCCCAUCCUCGCCAUCGCCAUCUAACGCUAAUGGAUCUGGUGCGGCCCCUCGUAAAGACGUCAAGCAAGAUAUAUUGUCUCUGUUCUCUACGCCCUCUCCUCAGCAACAGUUCCAGCAACCACAGCAGCAGCAGCAGCAGCAGCAGGGCGCCUUCGGUGCCUUUACCUCUGCACCUCCCGCGCAAGCGUCGCCUUGGGGCCAGUCUCAAGUUGCUCAGCCACCAAGUGGUGCAAUGGCCGCUCAACCCCCCAGCGGCGCUGGGCAGUGGGGCGUCGGCUAUGGCUGGAAUGCAGCGCCUGCCGCCCCCGCCGCCCCCGCACAGCCAAAUAUCUGGGGAUCAACAUCUUCCACUCCAGCCGCAGGUGUGAGUGGUAUGGCUGGAGGUAUGGGGCAGCAAGCGGUGUUCAAUACGAGCGAUGUGUGGAGUGGUACGGCGAAUAGCGCAGGUACGGGGGGCGGGGAUCUGUUUGGGUCGAGUGCGGGGGCGACGCAGGCGCAAAAGAAAGAUGAUGUCUUUGGCGAUAUAUGGGGUGGGUUCAAGUAGAGCGGCAGGUCGAACUUGUCCUCAGAAGGUGACUGUGUGCCGAAGGUAGGAGCGGGUGAUGUAUAUAAUUCUGCGUAUGGAUUGCAUUUUGUGUUGUAUUUGGACUGCCGCGGCGACGCCACAUUUGCGCCACACCGUUUCUUUCGCACGUGGCACGAACUUGACUAGCGCCCGGGAACCGGACCUCGUUCUUUCUUCUUCGCUCACUUUGGCUCUUGUUUGGCUCGGUGUUCGUCCUUGAGCCUGACCACUUCCUUGACAUCGUUGCCCUAAUCUCUGUGCUUGACUGGUCAUCGAACUGC